AUGGCAGGCGAGGCCAAGUCAGAGGGUACCUCCACAUCCCAGGUCCUAACUGCCAUUGUCAGUAACUCUACGAUUUUUGGUAUUUUCAUGGCGAUUUUUUUAGUGCUGAGGUUGAAGCUGAAGAGAAUGUAUGAACCAAAAUCUUCCUUUGAUCUGAUUAGCGAUGAGAAAAAACCAGAACCUUUGCCUCGCGGACUAUGGCAAUGGCUUCUCCCUCUGUUGAAAAAGUCUGAUAAUUUUGUUAUUCAGCAGGCCGGUUUGGAUGGAUACUUUUUCUUGCGUUAUCUUUUCCUCGUCUGUGCUUAUUGCGUGGUAUCAAUGGCGUACAUGUUUCCCAUCUUGUUUUCCGUGAACGCAAGCAACGGGAACCAUGAAAGCGGGUUGGAUCAACUGGCUUUCCAAAACGUGAAGCAUUCCGGUCGUUACUAUGCGCAUGUGUUUUGCGGUUGGGUGUUCUACUGGAUCUUUAUGUUCGUCGUGUACAGGGAACUUUACUUCUACAACUCUAUGAGACAGGUCGUUUUGUCGUCUCCACGCUAUGCAAAGAAGCUUUCUUCGAGGACUGUGCUCUUCCAAACAGUGCCUGAGCAGUAUUUAAGCGAGCGUGAAUUUGCCAAGCUUUUCAAUGGUGUCCAGAGGGUGUGGAUCACUAGAGGCGGGAACAAUAAACUGGCUAAAAAAGUCGAUAAGAGAGACUCCAUGGUGACGCAAUUGGAAAAUGUACUCAAUAAAUACAUCAAGAGUGGUGUGAAAAAAGUCAAAAAGAUCAGGAAAAAGACACCAGAUGCUAUGGUUUCCUCGGACAUCAGUCAGUACAUUCCAGAGAACAAGAGACCCACUCACAGAUUGAAGCCUCUAAUCGGGCGAAAAGUCGAUAGUAUUUCUUAUCUGAGUGAAAUGAUCCCAAAGCUCAACAAGGAAGUUGAAGAAUUGCAGGCUAAUUACAUUAACCAAUAUCCCUUCAACUCGGUGUUCGUGGAGUUCGAAUCUCAGUAUCAAGCCCAAGUUGCUCUACAGACGGUUACGCACCAUCUACCAAUGUCAAUGACACCAUCAUUUGUUGGGAUAGAGGCAUCGGAUAUCAUUUGGAUGAAUAUGCGUCUCUAUUGGUCGGAGAGAAUAGCAAGGAAUGUCGUCGCUAUCGCCGCCAUUAUUGCUUUGGCUGCGUUUUGGGCCAUCCCGGUUGCGUUCGUGGGAAUGGUUUCUAGCAUCACAUAUCUUACAAAUAAGCUUCCCUGGCUCAAAUUUAUCUAUCAGUUGCCAAAGCCCUUGCUCGGUUUAUUGACUUCAUUGGCGCCAACUAUCGCCUUGGCGUGGUUGAUGUCAAUGUUACCAGUGAUUAUCAGAUUCCUUGCGAAAGUCAAUGGCGCAGUUUCCCUGCAGGGAGUGGAGUACUUUACCCAACAAGGUUAUUUUGUUUUCCAAGUCGUUCAAGUUUUCCUCGUCACCACUCUAUCUUCUGCCGUGACAUCAACAGCUACACAAAUCGCAGAACAGCCGACGAGGGCAAUGACCUUAUUGGCUUCAAACUUGCCGAAAUCUUCGAACUUCUUCAUCUCCUAUAUCAUAUUGACCGGUAUGUCCGUUUCUUCGGGUUCACUGGCUCAGAUCAUCCCUCUUUUCUUCCGUUACGUGUUUGGUUAUCUCCUCGACAGUACUCCCAGAAAGAAAUGGUCUCGAUUUAUUGAUCUAGACGCCCCAGGAUGGGGCACCACCUAUCCAGUUUACACCAAUUUGGCAGUUAUCAUUUUUUCAUACGCCGUGAUCUCGCCGAUUAUACUAUUGUUUGCAGCUUGCGGUUUCUUCCUUCUUUAUGUCGCCUACCUUUACAUCCUUCUCUACAUUCAAAAGGAGGCACCAGAUAUGAGAGGCAUUUGUUAUCCAAGGGCAUUGUUUCAAACACUCGUUGGUAUAUACAUUGGUCAGGUGUGUAUGUUGGGUUUGUUUGCUGUUGGAACGGGUUGGGGACCUAUCGUAUUGCAGGUAGUGAGUCUGGUGGUCACGACGUUCAUUCAUUUAAAGCUCAACAGCGCUUUUGACCAUUUGAUGAAAUUCGUUCCAGUUGAUACCAUGAAAGCAUUGGAUGGCAAAUCCGAUACGCCUUCCUUCAAAAACAUUUACAAUGACCAACUAGAAGAGGAUGAAAUCCGAGAGCUGCCCAAAUUUUCGAUCAAGAAAUAUGAGUCCAAGAAUCCAUUUUCAUCGCAUUCGGACAGAGUAUCAAGUCUUCUAAGUGAGAAAACAAUAGAAUACAACGAUAACGUCAAGUAUCAUGAAAACUCAGAAAACAGAAUAACAUGGAUUCCUCUUCUGGCGGAUGGCGUAAGAAGCCAGAUACCUCCAGCUCCAUUCUACAAAAGGUUUCUUCUGCCUCAUAUCUAUUGUUCGUUCCAAGCAGUGAAGUCGAAGCUACCUGAGAUUUAUGGCCUUUUCGACCCAGAAGAAGCGGUCUCAGAGGAGAAAAUCGCCAGCUCGUAUAACUAUCCACCUGCGAACGCAACGUGCCCGUCGGUAUGGAUCCCGAAGGACCCUUACGGAUUUUCUACACAUCAGGUUGAACAACUGAACACGAUUGUUGACAUAUCGGAUUCAAACGCCUCAAUUGACGAGAAGGGGAAGGUGACGUGGCGUGAGGGGCCACCAACAGCCAACACUGCAGAAGACCAGAGGGACCCAGCGGACGUCAAGGGCACCAGGGAUCCUUUUUCUGAUAAAAAAUAG